AGCUGCUGCGCCCCGCGGUGAGCAGGCUCCGCCGCCCCGGCCCGGCCCGGCCCCGCCCGGGCGAUGAGAAGCUGCUUCUGUGUGAGACGGAGCCGAGACUCGCUGCCGCCACCGCCGCCGCCGCCGCCUUCUCAACCGCCGCCGCCGCCUCAGCGGGGAACAGACCAGUCCAUCAUGCCUGAAGUCAAAGAUCUUUCAGAAGCCUUGCCUGAAAUGCCAAUGGACCCCAUUACAGGAGUUGGAGUGGUUGCUUCUCGGAACCGGGCACCCACAGGCUAUGAUGUAGUUGCACAGACGGCAGAUGGUGUGGACGCUGACCUCUGGAAAGACGGCUUAUUUAAAUCCAAGGUUACCAGAUACCUGUGUUUCACAAGAUCAUUUUCUAAAGAAAAUAGCCAUUUAGGGAAUGUAUUGGUGGAUAUGAAGCUCAUCGACAUAAAAGACACGCUACCUGUAGGCUUCAUCCCAAUUCAGGAGACUGUGGACACACAGGAAGUUGCUUUCAGAAAGAAGAGGCUUUGUAUUAAAUUUAUUCCUCGGGAUUCAACUGAGGCAGCAAUCUGUGACAUCAGAAUCAUGGGCCGCACAAAGCAGGCACCUCCUCAGUAUACAUUCAUAGGGGAACUGAACAAUAUGGGAAUCUGGUAUCGAAUGGGCAGAGUUCCGAGAAAUCAUGAAUCACCUCAACCCACAACUCCUUCCCCAUCAUCAGCUUCAACACCGGCCCCUAACCUUCCAAGGCAUAUCUCCUUAACACUUCCUGCUACCUUCAGAGGCAGGAACAGCACUCGAACCGACUAUGAGUACCAGCACUCAAAUUUGUAUGCCAUCUCAGCUAUGGAUGGAGUACCUUUUAUGAUUUCAGAGAAGUUUUCUUGUGUUCCAGAAAGUAUGCAGCCCAUUGAUCUCUUGGGGAUCACCAUCAAAUCUCUGGCAGAAAUAGAGAAAGAGUAUGACUACAGCUUCCGGACGGAGCAGAGUGCCGCUGCCAGACUCCCGCCCAGCCCCACUAGAUGUCAGCAGAUACCGCAGUCCUGAGGACCUGGAGCCGGCGCAGGAGAGUCGCCCAGCACACACACACACACACACACACACACACACACACACACACACACACACACAGAUACUACUGAAAGGGGGAGGCAGCCCCAUCCCAAAGCUGAGGAGUGUUUGUGGCAACAUUUCUUCAAGCCCUGCCGUGGACCUUGAAGGACCCUUCUUUAAAAAAAAAAAAGAAAAAGAAAGAAAGAAAGAAAAGAAAAAAUAUUGCCCUUCCUUCAUCACACAUUUUAACAUGGUGAGGGUGGGAGGGCGAUGAGGCACAAUUGUUUGUACAUGAUGGUUUCUGGAAUUUUAAAUUGUAAAAUUAUUUUUCAUCUGCUUAUCUAAUACCUCCCACCCCUAUCCUGAAGCCAUCCUGGGAUUUUUUUUUUCUUUCCAUUUGCCAGAGAGAUCAAUGGCCCCUUAAAAAACAAAAACAAAAAAGAAGGAAAGAAAAAGGGGGGAAAAAUCUGUGUAACACAACAUAAGCUGCCCUUGGGAGUCCCUCUGGGGUCCAGUGGUCACUUGGUUAAACCGGUCACAUGCUGGAAGUGUCCUGUGACUGAGGGUUUGGCUAAUGUUGGCUCUGGAGCGUUCUACCGAGUGCUUAACCUGAGAGUGCACACAAAGAAAUGCCAUUGUCCGCGGCUGACUUUUCCAGGGGCUGGUGAGCCUGCGCCAGCACCUCCGCUGCUUUGGUGACAUGGCCUCAAGCGGCCUGUUGGGAAAAGUCCCCUUUGGCUCUCAUCAAGGUCCCGCUGGAGGAGCGUCUCUGCACCAGGGUGCCCCGAGCACGCUGGCCUGGGCGGCUCCCGCUGGACAGUUCUUUGGAAACACCGGUGACCCCGGGACCCAGGAUGGACUUGUUUGGUCCUUGAGAAAGGGCGGCUCCCCGCCGGGCAGAGGUGGGUAUUCUGGAAAAGAGCACGAGAGCGGUCCUGAGCUGUUGGGCUGCAGGUCCCGGGAGCCGGCUGCCCGUUUCUUGCCCACCUGUUCGUAGUACCUCACUGGGUCCACUCUCGCUCGCUUGGUUGGAUGCUGCCGCGCAGCGAGGAGAAUGCCCCCUUUCCCUCCCAGCCAAGCACUUCCUGGAGGCCUCUCGCCCUGAGCACACACCCUGCCUGCCCCCCCAGGGAAGCGGGGCCUCAGCAUGGGGAUUCCCAAGCCAGGUGCAUGUCUGGACGAUGCUUCUUCGUGUGACAGGCCACUCAAACAGCCCAGUGGGCCUGUGCUGCUUUUCUACACCCUACCAAACUCUGGGCAUGAACUGGAACUUCCCACGAAGGACUGUGGGAGUCUGGGCUUUUUGAACAGUCCCAGUGGUCCCGCCGUGUAAAGAAGUGUUUGCCCCCAGAACGGAGGUUGCCAUGGCCCUUGGCUUGCUCCGAUGCACAAACGUGUUUUGCACAGCUGUGUCUGUAUCUGUUUGCUGUGGAGAAUUGUAGUUUCUUGUUCGUUCCCCCCAGUUCAUUAGAGAGUGAAUUUUUUAGAACUUGUGUCACCAGAUCCUGGAGCUUUUUGAGGAGGGUGCUAAAUGGCGCCCUGGAGGCUGUGCACCGCUGCCCCCACCUCUGGCCGAGGUUCCCCAUCUGCUAAAUUAAGGGCCACGUUAGCGUCCUGAGCUUUCUCCUGGCUUCAGUCCUGUCUGGGCAAAUUUUCCUUGGCGUUUUGUGGACAGAUAGGCCGCAGGAAGAAUAGGAUGAGUUUCCCAAGCAAUCUCAUCCUCUCUGCUCUGGGCAUGAUGGCUUAGGUGUGACAGGGGCAACAUCGAGCAGCGUUGCUAAGAGCCGUGCCACGUGUAGGAUACAGCUGCCAGCCGGGAGGUAGCUCACGGAGCUGGUGCUUCAAAAAUACCUCAUGUGCAUUACGGGCCGUGCAGAAACUCCUCUGCUGUCACCAAGGCAAAUCCGCAGAGACGGGGUUCUCCCCCUCCCAGGCUUCCUCGCUCACACUUUCAUGUCACCCUCAUAAGUUUUAAGUUUGGCCUAGAGAUAUGUGCCUUCCUGAUUCAGUCCUGGAGAUUAGGAAGUCGGAGGCCCAGAGCCAAAGGAAAUUGCCUAAGAUCACCCAGACACUCAGUAGCAGAGACAGAAUUCAAACUCAGGUCCAGUCUUAUUUUACCACACUGUCCUUCCUCUUGCUGCACCAUGAAGGUAGCCUUUUGUAUUCAUUUAAUCUGUUGACUCUUCUUUAAAAAAAAAAAAAAGGAAAGAAGGAAAGAAUGGAGAGGGACCAUAGGAACCUUCUCAUGUUUUUUCACCUCAAGUGAGACUUGGAUUGAUGGAUCAUGAGAGAGCCCUCCCUCCUCAACCCCCCAGCCAAUUCUGUCAAGGCUGAAGAUUAACCUAAUUUCUCAUUUUUGUUUUAUCCCCAACUCAGAAUCAGCCAAAUAUUAGGAGACCUGGCAGAUGAUAUAACCCAAGACUCAGAGAGGUCAGAAUAGCAUGGAUAUCACUGGGCAAGCCUACUGAGUUUGUUUUCAUCAUAAGACCAUUUUCUGCCUCUCUGGAUCUAAGGUUCAGCCUUUCUUUUUUGUCCCUCCUUUCUCUGGAUCUGGGGCUCUUCCCAGGACACUCUCUCAGUUUGUCAUCUUUACCCUUCAAGUUUCCUCUUUCUAAGCACAACAUUUUAGCACCUAUUGGGCCUUGACUUGUAGACUUUUAGUGCUAGAAGGGACUGCAGAGUGACUCAGCUUGCCCAGCUCCCAGAGAAUUUCAUUUCUCAGAUGGACUGCAGAGGUCAGCCAAUCCUAGGCUCCUUUCUAAUUGGGGAAUCCUUUCUACAGUGUCCCUAACAAACAAAGAGAUCAUAUUCCUUCUUAAUGACCUCUACCUGAAAACUUCACUGUUUCCCUUUUAAGCAGGCAAGGGAUUAUUCGUCUUCACCUUCAGAGAAAAAUGACAAAAAAAAAAGUCUCAGGGAGCUUGGGAAUCUCCAAGUUCAUUGUUUUAUCUAAAGACCCUUGGCUCCUGAAGGAGAUUCCUGCUGGUUUCUAGCAACAAUGUUCUUGGAGGAAUGACUAGCCAUCAGAGAAUAAAAGGCUGGGCCAUAAUUUAUUCAGGAUGAAGGGAAUAAAAUAAGUUAAUUGUUUCUGGAGAAAUUAGCUCAGAGAGGCAAUACAGUCAGUUCAGCUCAAAAAGCAUUUUCUUAGUGCUUGGGUUUCCAUUGCACUGUACUAAGUACUAAAGAUGCUCUUCCCCCGCCGCCCCCCCCAAAAAAAGAGAGAUAGAAAGGAAAAAAACAAAAGUAGCUUCUUAUAUUCAUUUAAUCUGUUUGUUCUUAUUUUUUAAAAAAAGAAAAAAUGCAGAGGAAAAAAAUUAUCCCUUCCCUGAGGUACCUACACUCUCAUUGAAAGGCUGCUAAAUUGGGAAUUAGGAGAUCUGGGCAAGUCACUCCCUCAUUAUGGUCCUUAAGUUCCCAAUCUAUAAAAUAAGAGAGGAUCUCUUCCAACCCCAAAUCCUAUGAUUAUAUAGAUUCACGCAGAGAAUACAUGAGUAUGGCCCUUUUUAAAAGCAAAAGCUUCCCCUUGAGAAUGAGUCCCUUCAAUUGGCUGAUUGGAUCUUGGCUUUGCAUGUGAUUAUACAGUCUCUCCUGGGGUUAUGGAGGCUGAGACUCUAGAAAGAACACUGAGCAUGAAGAUUUAUCCUCCAGGAAAGAUGAAUAUGGUGUAGUAAAUGGAAAACAGUGCUUGGAGUUGAGAGGAUCUGGGUUCAAAUCCUGUCUCUUUUUAGGACAAAAUAUUUGCCCUGUCUGGGUCCCAGUGCCCUCUUCCACAAAACAAUGGGACCUAAACUAAACAAUCUCAGAUUGCUUUUAGGCUUUACAAUUCACUAUUCUCAGGCCUACAAGCCCUCUCAUCCAGAAAAGCUUUUAGACAUCAAGGACCAUUUGACCACUGAACACACCUUUAGAUGAGCUCCCUUCCUGACCUUCCCCAAGCUAAACCAUAGCCUCAAGGGUUUCCAGGUGACAAGUAACUAAUGUUUUCAGUAUUUAGUAUGGAGCAGAAGAGUUCAAGUUGGUGAUUUGAGUUAACCUGUGUGUUAACAGUAGUGACAUUUUUGAGAUUUAACAUAAGGAAUUAGCUUCUGUAGCACGUUUACUGUGAAAUUUGUUUUUUUUUAAAUAAGCCAGGUUAGGAUAAUUGUGUGGUGUCCAUAGGUGGGACGCAUUGGUGUGGGUGUUUUAGCGUGUGUGUACUUGUGUGUAUGUGUAUGUGUGAUAGACUUUAGACUACUCCUAACUCUAUCUUCUCUUUGCCCACUUAGAAUAGGAGAGGGGGUUGGGAGGGCAGAUGAGCCAGUGCUAGCAGUGUGAGCGCUGUAUUACCCAUUAUGAUGUCCCGGGGUUCUCUGUGCAGUGUAGGACCGACAUCUCACCUGAACCACUGGGAAUUUGUGGUGAAGACGCGAAUGUUGAGACACUUGCAAGUCACAAGAUUUCUCCUGUUUGCACGGUAUCCUGGGAGUUAUAACUAGAAGCAAAUUUGGAGAUCAUCUUAUUCAACUCUCAUUUUAUAGAGGGGAAGACUGAGGCCCUGCGAGGCAAUUGCCAUGCCCCCCCAAAAAAAAAUUCAUUGGGAAACAACGUCUUGGUGAUCACCAUCCUCCCUUUGCCCUUAAGGUUGGCUUUUUUGACAGCAGCAUGGCUGCCAGAGCUGCUGCUUGUCUGGUAGAGCCUUAUCUGGUACCCACCCCACAGGGAAGCGGUGACUUUUGGCUUGGGAGUGGCGCAUUGGAAACGUCCUUGCCAAUGGGAAGGGUCCCUUAUCUUGGGUGUCUCCAGGUCCACAGAGCCUCUUCCACUCCUUUGCAGUCUCCCAUCUCAUCCUACCCAUCAUCCUGUGGUUCCACCCAGCUACAUGCUCCUCAGCUAUGUUAUUAACCUCCCUGAAAUUAUUUCGUUGCUCUUCUUUUAUGUUGAAUUCUGCAGAAGAGUCCAUUUUUCCCCUUAAGCCUAGGGAGACAAGACUUGUGCUGCUCUGUCCCCACACUCUAGCUCAAUUGCAGAUCAUCCUCCAAAGCAUAAUGUCCCUCCCAUUGUAAGAAUCAGGGUGGUAUAUGAUGGAGAGAACACUGGACCUGCAGUCAGAAGCCCUUAGCUUUUCUGACUCUGCUGCUAAUUCGCUGGGUAAUCUUGGCAAGUCCAUUUUCCUUGGUCCUCAAUUCUUCAUCAGUAAAAUGAGAUGAGUUAUGGAGUGGAAAGGGAACAAGGUCUAGAAUCAGGAGGUUGGGUCUGCAUCCUGAUUUUGCUGCUGCUGUGUGGACAGGUUACUUUGCGGGAAGGGGCAGGGAGAGUCAGGUGAUAUUCUUUCCAGCACCAUGACCCUAUGACCACUGGAUCUCUGAAGUUCCUUCCAACAUUUGUUUCUUAAGCUCGUGAGGUGACGUGGGUGACUUUCCAUGCAGUUCCUAGAGGAUAUCGGACCCGAGGCUCUCGUAGCACCAGGUGGGCGCCGUGAGCACAUCAGACCACAUGGGCUAUCACUGGGCUGUUGCAGUGGAUCCAUGGGCCUGGAGGGCAGAUCUCCCUGAUGCUUGAGCAGAGGUGUUCCUUAAUUCUGGGACUUGAAAAGCCAAUCGUGGGAUAACAAAUUAGCCCUACUCAGCUUCUCACUCUGGAUCUUAUGUACUGAGAGAGGAACAUCUACAUGGAAAGUUGUACCAUCUCCCACCACUGUGAAGAAAGAAGUCUCUUACGAAAUAGCCAGGCAGGGUCAAGAUGCUGUGCAUUUGUUGGGCUAUCAGAAUUAGACUAAUUGUGCAUUGAUCUCAUUAUGUUAUUACCUUUUGUAUUUAUUUUAGGUGACUCCUGUAUUUUAUAAAGGGAAGUUUCACUGUGUGAUUAUUAAUCUGUAUUCUUAAUAUAAUUUGUCAAAUAAAAGUUUGUUUUAACCACUUCUCA